UUGACUGAGGCUGUGAUGGCGGCGGCAGGCCGGGGUCGGGAGCAGGAGUCGGCGCGCUUCGUCUAUGUGACGCGCUUCGGCUCGCAUCAGUGUGGUGGCGUCCUGCAGCUGGGCGGCCGGGGAGCUCAAGGCCUUUGGGGUCAGGGGUCCAGGCCUGGCUGUCGCCAGGAGAAGCAGAGGGAAGCACCGGCGGUGGCGGGAGUCCAGGGUGGCAGUGAGUUGCCCUCUGGUUCCCGGCCCAGGGUCGCCAUGACCCUUGGUGUGGAGGCCGCGGCCCCUGCCUCCUCCCAGCUGCGGACAUCGAGCGUGCGAAGCGGCACCAGACCGCCGGCGCUUGCAGGUUUAAUCCAGAAGGAUGCAGCUAAAAAGUUUGAUUUUCCCAUACCAUUGAAUGAAGCUUCCAAAAUAAUGAAGAAAAAGAAAAAGGUUUUAGUAUGGAAUAGAGUAUACAAAGUUAUUUCAAGAAUGCUUGAAGAAAAUGAAAAAUAUAGACACAGGCUGAAAUGCCAAAGGUUAUCUAGUGAAAGCUCAAAUUAUACAAGAUGAAUCUUCUUAUCUUCUGAUUAACCUAUCUCUGGAUGUUUCCCAAAGAAGAUUAUGAAGAACCUAAAGAUGAAACAUUAAAUGAAUCAUAAUUAUUUGUUAAUUUUGGUGUGUUUUAUUAGAAUUGGGACUUUAGUAGUUGAAUAGAAAAACUACCUUCUUUAUAAAUUAAUAGUAUUUCUUUGCUACUUAAUAAUACCUUUAGUUAAAUAUUGUUACCAUAUGCAUGCAAGUGUUAUUUUCAGAAUUAAUACUUAUUCUACAUACUUUUAAAUUAACUUUAUACAUAAAAUUUAGAUUAGCAUAUCAAUGCAAUUACAUGAAUUUUCUAAUUACCAGCUUUUCCAUGUUAUUAAUGAGUCUACAGCUGUUGCUUUGUACAUCUCUUCUUUUAGAUGUAACUUUUAAAUAAACUUGGAUUCA